GUACAUUGGUAUGCCAUUCAAAGGGCACUGUUUAUCACUCUAAAUCACGAAGAACAGACCAGAACGAAAGAAAAGCCUACAGGCUGAUUGAAGAUCAUGUUCGAAUGUAACACGCGUAUGCAUCUGGUAUCAUAUCAUACAAAUUGUCAUAGUGUACUGAGUAGAGCUUGUAGCUGCUCUUGGGGUAUUUCAGGAACAAACGUGAAAGUCGUGAAGGAAUGCAUCUCUUCUUUUCCGCUCCCAGAACGCACUCGAAACCGAACAAACUCCAUACCCCAUGUGAAAAGAGACCCUCUCAUUAAAUCCGUCCCGUAAUCGCUUUCAGCGU